AUGGAGGGCGGCGCCAGCCCCGCGGCCGCUCAGGCGGCGCCCGCGUCUCCUUCCGCGUCCGCCCCGCCUCCUUCGGCCUCGCUCGCGCAGGCGAUCGACGAGUUGGUGAGCAUGAACUUGGAGGAGAUCUCUCAGUUCUGGAAACACCUCGAAAAAGAAGGCUUAGACACGCAACGCCGAUGCAAGAAAGUCGAUUCGCACGACCUGCUGCUGCAGUUUCUUCACCAGGUGGCCUCGCCCACGCCGGCCUUUCCGCUGCUCGACGAGGAGGACGCAAAAUCUGCCCCCGCCUCGCCCCCGAGCGCCAACGAGAAGAAGAAAGGCGCCUCGUUUGCGUCGAAAACUGCUGCUUCCAAGGCUGAGAAGGGCCUCGAGAGCAAGAGUGACGGCAAAGAGGGAGCGUCGCGCUCUGCGCCGGAGACGCGGUGGUACCCCGGGUGGAUUCCUCUCCUCCAGGAGGCCAUGGGUGCGGAGCCCGCGCGCGCCUCCUCGCCCUCCGCGGACGCCUCUCCGCCCGCCGCCGCGGCCGACCCCCGCUCGGGGCCCUGCCGCAUCAAAGAAGCCUCUGCGAUGCUGGCGGCGCAGCACCACCAAAUGGCCUUCUCUGUGCUGUUUGCAAGAGACGCCUCGUGGUUUGCCUCGGCGAUCGACGCCAUUGCAGAGACCUCCUCGCUCCUUCCCGAGGGCCUCUUGGCGAAGGCCCAUGAGGAGGAGACCCGCGAGCGCGCCGCCGCCGCGUUGAAGCCCAAUGCCGGGGGCGCGGGCCUUCCGCGGUCGAAGGCCGGCAGGCGCGCCCACGCGAGUGGGGACGCCAGCCGGCGAGAAGACGAGGGCGACGGGAAUAGAGGCAACGCAAAGAUCGAGGCGCUUGGGAAGCAAAUCGAGAGAGACUGUGUCGCACUCCUCGACGACUACUUCGUGAGCCACUUCGAGGCGAAACUGAAAGCAGACAUGCCUUCGACGCCGAUGUCUGGCGGCUCGCUGUCUCUGUCGCGAAAGUCGCCAGUGGCCUCUCCAGCGUCGGGAACUCCGUCCGCGGCAGGCGCGUCCUCCUCGCCAGCCGCCUCGCCCCCUUCGCUGCUCGUGACGGCUGCGGCGUCGAGCUUGACGGCCGGCAGGGAGAAGCGUUUCUACCGCGCCGUCGCGCAUCUGUAUCUCCUGGGCACCCUCUCUUCAUCAGAGUACUGCGUCUCAGUGUCGCGGUCGUGGUGCUCGCAGGCAGCCCUACAUCGCUCGCUGCCGCCGCUUCUGCUGCUGUGCCUCAAGCGCGGAGGCUUCGUGGCCGCCGCCGUCAGCCGCGCGCUGCUGCAUCUCGCCUCGACCGGCUGUGGGGCGAGGGCCGCGGCGGCGCCUCAAAAAGAGGCGACUGCGGUCGGCGGCGACGCGCCGAAGGCCGCCGACGAGGCCGAAUCGGGCGAUGCGACGACCGAAAAAUGCAAGCCGCAGGCAGCGGCGGGAAAAGCCGGCGCUGCGGCAGACAAGCGACCCGACUUGAUUGACCUAUACGGCGACACAAUCAUCACGUUCCUGCAUCUCUGCCUGCGAGAGCAGGCCGUCGAUCCAAGGGGCAUCAACGCCCUCGGGUUUUUCUUCCUCGCCCCCGCAGUGCCGCUGCUUCUCCAAACCAAGCGCCUGAGAGACAGGCUCCUCGCCCCUGGAGAAAAGGCCGAGAGACACCAACAAAUUCUGGGCUGGUACCUCGAAGUCCUCCUCAAGGCCCUCUCGGACCCGCAAUUCCGCGUGUUGGCCUCGGGGAAUCUGCAGCUGGCGCGCUACGUGUCGGAAGUCGUUCUCGAGCUCGCGGCGUCGCCGGAGGGCUGCCGACUCCUCCACAAGCACAAACUCGGCUGGUUUGUCAUGUGGCGGACGACCCGCGAGCUGUGGGGCGUGGAAUGGAACAAAGGCGAGCAUGCGGCCUGGGAGCUGAUCAUGAACAAAAGCAUUCGCGGCGGCGAGCCGGUGGAGAAGGAUCAAGUUGCAGCUCUGUGCAUGUGGGGCCCCAGCAGUUCGGAAGGCGGCUGCGCGUACUGUCUCCGGUCCGAAAACACGCUGCGCUUCCUGCGGCUGUAUCACUCCCCGUACGCAGAAGACGUUCCGCUGUCGCCCGACGCUCAGGAGCAAGCCCAACAGCUGAAGCUGCUCCAGCAGGAGAUGCAGCGGAGCCUGGAGGAGGCGGAGACCGGCAUGCGCUCGCGCAGGGGAAAAAGCCGCGCCGCCGCUGGGAAGCUUGGGGGGGCGGCGGCGGAGGGCGAGGGCGACGACGCGCAGGACGACCAUGACCAGGCGCGCGAGAUGCACUUCGCUGUCGCCGCGCCGCACAUGCAGCGGGCGCGCCAGCAGCUCGAGAGGCGGCGCGCAGAGAAGAAGAAGAAAGAGGCUGCGGCGCUCGAGGGACGGACAGCCGCCGCCGAGCUGGUCAGCGGAGCCGCCUCGCGAGGGCGGCGGCAGCCCGAGGAAGAGCAGCGCACGGCCAAGAGGCAGGUCAUCGCCGACAUCUGGGCGACAGUCCGCGAGAGCCUCGCGCGCGGCGCAGAGACGGAGGACGAAGGCGAAGCAGAAGACCGAGACGACAAGGAAGACGAGGCGGCGGUGCGAAAGGCGUCCCUCGAGCCGUCUCCCGCCCUCGUCUGCACGCUGAGUUGCAUUGGCUUCCACGCGCCGUGGCUCAUGCGCGCCGUCCAGCUGGGAGGCAGCGCGAAGCCGGAGGGCGCCGAGCCGAAGCGAGAGGAAGGCGGCAAGAAGAAAAAGGGCAAAAAAGCCAAGACAGAGAGUCUUCGCAGCAAGACCGCGCAAAAGAAAAAACGCGACGCGAAGAAGAAGACCGAUGCGGAGGACUCAAGCGCCACAGAGAACCCCCGGAGCGCGGAGAAAAGCGCGAGGGAGAGGGGCGGCGAAGACGCAAAGCCGGCAGUGACCGGCGAGGAGAGCGAGAAGCCACGGGAAGGCGGUCUCGAGAAGGAAGAAAGGAAGAUGAAGACUUCCAGCGAUACGGAAGAAGCAGACGAGGGCGCAGCGGCCUCAAACGUUUCCACUCACGCCCCCGCCUCGUCAUCUAUCUCACGCGCGCCUGAGGCAGCGCCUUCACUAUCAAAGGACGACGAACAGAACGGCGGAAAAGAGGCAGCGCAGGCGACGGACCCGUCGUCCUCCCCCUGUUCGUUAGCGUCUGUGAACACGUCGCCCCAGUCUCCAUCGUCUCCCUGCCGACCGGCUCCUGCGUUGUCGAGUGCGCCUUCAUCUGACCCUCAAGCAGCGUCUGCGGAGGAAGCACCAGCAGAGGUGCCAGAUGAUUCACUGGUUGCUUCUCAGGCCGCAGAGAGUCAGCGACUUCUGCUCUCCCCGUGCCCUGCGUGCGGCUACGUGGAGUACUGCAGCGAGCAGUGCCGCAUCAACGAUCUUCCCCUUCACCUCUUCAUCUGCGCUGCAGCCGCGGAAAAGGCAGCGGAGGCUUGA